CUCCUUUCCUAGCGCCAGAUACAUUUUAGACGCUGUUGCUCCUCCGUCAGUAUGCGUCGUGGCAUGACUUCCACUUGCCGUCCCUUUCUCUCUGCUCUGAGGGUGUCGUCACCGAGGCUUUCAUCAUAAGAAGGUCUCGUAUGCCUCUUCUUGAGCAAUACCUGCUCAGAUAUAAACAUUUCUUGUCCUUCAAACAAACAAACAAACAAACUGGUUUUGAUUCUCACUAUUUGCUAUUACCGUUCAAGAUGCAACUCUCAACUCUCUUCCUCAUGUUCGCAACGACACUUCUCCCCUUGAUCUCAGGGGGGGCACGCUUAGCAGGCGGUCCUGCGGACCAAGUCACAGCAGCGAAUACCUCCUGUAGAGAACUUACCGGAACAUGGUUUGUCUCCUUCCCUUUUCCUUUUCCCUUUCCUUUCCAUUCUCCUUACCUCUUUCCUCCCCCCUUCUCCCCAUCUCCCUCCCUUCUUUCCCCUUCCCAUCCCCUUUGCUCCGGUUUCUCGAGCUCAGGCUCACUCCGCUCGCAGGUGCGGCACGGAAGCCAAUCAAGGGAUCCGCGUGCUCCCCGACUGGGCGACCUUCUGGUGGAAGCUCUGCGUGCUCGAGAUCCCGGGCAGUGUGGGCUUGCUCGAUACGAGAUGUAUCCCUGGGGAUGGUGCGGGUUUGGCGUUAGGAGACUCUAGUUCGACGAUGACUAGGUGAGUCUGAAGUAGGGAGAGGGGAGAGGGGAGGCUAAUGUGUGGGGUGAUGCUGUAGUAUGGGAGAUUUGCCAACGCUGACUCUCGCGCUGGGAGUUCGAUGGGUGUUGUGGUAAGGGAGGAGGAGGAAAGGGGCAGGGGAGUAGGGCAUGAUGGCUUGGGAGGCGGGAAGAGGAAAUGCAGGGCUGGUGGACGGGAGGGUUGGAACUUGACUACCUGUUGUUCGAUUCUAAUAUAUAAUUUGAGAAGCGAGUUUGUGUUGGAGUGUAAUGUAGGAUGCUCUA